AUGCCCGGCGAACCGACUCCCUCCGCUCCCGCCGCUCCCCCGACGCUGCGGACCGACCGGGUCCGCCUCGCGGUGCUCAUGGCGCCGAAGCCGGGGCUGUCGUUCGAGGAGUUCGACGACUACUGGCUGAACGUGCACGGGAACAUCUUCUCCUCGAUCGCGAUCGCGAAGCGGAAUCUGCUCAAGUACGAGCAGUUCCACCUGGACCCCAAGUACGAGAGCACGAUCGCGGCGCAGACGCUGGCAAAGUCGCAGACGCGGUUCCGGGGGAUUGCGAUCUUCGAGGCGACGAGCCUGGACAAGAUCUUUGAGAUCUUCCAGGAUGAGGAGUAUCUGAGGGUCGUCGUGCCGGACGAGCACAACUUCUUCGACCACGAGAAUGCGCAGAUCCUGGCGGGGCCGUUCGCUUCGAUCAUUGACAAGUGA